CAUCAUCCAAUGCAAAAACAAAACGCAUUCUGCAAAUGGCGGCCGCGUAACCGCAGCAAGAAAACACAUUGUAAUUUUGUGAUUGUAUCGAAUUCACUGUGAUUACCACGUAAAAAUAGUCUAAAGUGUGAUUAGUUUAAGGAAUAUUUAGUUUUAAGUGCACGCGACGAUGUGCAGUUAAUUAGUGUUACAGCAGGGAGAUUGCCAUGACGCAGUUUCUGCCUCCAAAUUUAUUAGCACUUUUCGCUGCGAGGGACCCCAUCCCGUACCUCCCGCCAGCAGCGAAGCUCCCGCAUGAGAAGAAACAGAAAGGAUACGAUGGAGUCGGAGCGUUUCUCAAUUGUUUUGAGCACCCGUCGGAGACCCCGCCGCCGACGCGGGUGGAGACGCGCGAGGAGCGCCUCGAGCGGCGCAGGCGCGAGCGCGCCGAGCAAACCGCCUACAAGCUCGAGCAGGAGAUAGCGCUAUGGGACCCCACCGCUAAUCCUAAGGCCACUGCCGACCCGUUCAAAACACUGUUUGUGGCGAGAGUCAACUACGACACAUCGGAAUCUAAACUGCGAAGAGAGUUUGAAGGAUAUGGUUCUAUUAAAAAAAUUCACAUGGUGUUUAACAAGGAGAGCGGCAAGCCGCGCGGCUACGCGUUCAUAGAGUACGAGCGCGAGCGCGACAUGCACUCGGCGUACAAGCUGGCGGACGGCAAGAAGAUAGACGGCAAGCGCGUGUUGGUGGACGUGGAGAGAGCGCGCACUGUCAAAGGCUGGCUACCGAGGCGACUGGGCGGCGGGCUCGGCGGCACGCGGCGCGGCGGCGCGGACGUCAACAUCAAGCACUCCGGCCGCGAGGACAACGAGCGCGAGCGCGAGCGGUACCGCCUCGAGCAGAGGGACCGCGACGAACGCGCCCGGCACGACCGCGACAGGGACAGGGACAGGCCGGCGGCGGGCGCGCGGCGACGCUCCCGCUCGCGCUCGCGGCGGCGCUCCACCUCGCGCACGCGCCGCCGCGAGAGGGAACGGGAGGACCCGGAGAGACGGCGGCGCCGCUCGCGGUCGCGCUCGGAGCGGCGGCGGCGCUCGCGCGACAAGGAGCGCGAGCGCGACAAGAAGCGGCCGCGGCGCGACCGCGAGCGCAAGGAGCACAAGGUCAAGCCCGAGGACAUCAAGGUCAAGCAGGAGCCCGCCGACGACUAUCCGGAGUUCUCCCUGCCUCCAAUGGACGUGCAGAUCAAGCAGGAGCCCGGCGACGACGAGAACAAAUACAACCCCGAGGAGGCCAACGGAGACGAAUACAACUACUGAGUGUCGUGUGUGUGUGGUGCAGUGCGGUGUUACUAGUGGACGUAAUAGUGAGCUGCAGGGUGCUGGACAUUUCAACAAAUCUAGAGACGGAAGAAACUCCUCUGAAAUUAUACUUGCCAUUGAUGUAUAUUCUAUAGACACAAACGUCCAUAUAAACUGUUCAAAAUCUGAGCUAAAAUGGCGACCAAAACGUCACUGUUAUAACCUAUUUAUUUACUUAACAACAAAUAAUUUUACUUAUUUGGCAAGUAUUUUUUAUUCAAAUCCAGGUUUACACUUAGACUCGCGUUUUUAUUAUGAGAGCCAUUCCGUACACAACCUUAAGCUGUCAAUUUUGACCAUACUAAAGUCAGUUUGAAUGGAUUGCAGUUCAAUUUAGUAGAACACAGUGAAUGUUUGGAAUGCCAUAUCUAGUACGUAGUAGAUAUAUAUCGAUGGUUGUAACAAUGUAAAAGAAUGUGAAAUCAUUAUCAUCAGCUAGAGGAUAUCUUGCACAGGCAUCUAUCAAAGAAUUUCAGUUGGAUCUAAUAGAAGUGGUUUGCAGUGACCUUCUGUUAGAUCAUCUGUCCACCUCGUGGAUGGACGUACGAAUGGACAAUACUGUGUUUCUUAUCAGUGGUAUAGGGGUUUUAUCGUUCGGAGCUGAAAUUUGCCUGCGUCCUUGGUGGGUGCGAGUUAAGUGCGUAAGGGCGACGAGGCCAGGAUCUGAAAGAGGUGUCCAAUUUCAUCAAAAAUUUAUCUAUUUUUAUGCGCCUUCGGUUGGUUCGAGGCUCUGGGUGGGGUCAAAAAAGGGUUUGCAAUUUCAACUAUAUUUUAAAUAAAUGUUCCGCUUGCUUAUCGCGCCCUUAUAAUAUGUUUACAUACAGCCAUGGUUCUCCAACCCCCUUGCCUAGUGAUACUACUGCUACUAAUAUAGUUCGGCUAACUAAAACUGGCAAGUCAACAGUUAAAAUAUAAGUACACAGUGUGGUUCAUAUUGUAAAUGAAGGAACAGAUAUAAAAGAGCAUGCUAUAUUUUUUAUUGUUGAUGCGUUGUCAUGACAACUGUGUUUACAGAUCCUACACGCGAAAUAUGUAUACGCCAAGGCCCUUAUUCUGUAUGAUAGUGUAAACGCGUAACGCGGCCGUGUCAUGUUAUCUUCGAGAAAUGUGCGUGGAAUGGUAUUCUGUAAGCCAAAUUUCUAUAGUAGUAGUAACAUGAUGCGUUGCGUUACGUGCUUGUUACAAACUGUUAAAAUAACGCGCGGGAUAAAGAAUAAGGCCCCAGCUUUAGAUAAGUCUGUUGUAGUUCUAGAUUUUGCUCGCGUGAAGGAGUUUUCCGGGAUAAAAGUCCCGCUAUAUAUUUUCCCGGGAUAGACAGUAGCCUAUAACCUUCCCAGGGUCUGAAACUGUCUCCAUGCCGAAUUUCAUAAAAAUCCGUUCAGUAGGUUUUGAGAAAAUCGAUAACAUACAGACAGACAGAAAAGGGGACUUUGAUAUGAGAUUUCUCAAAAUAAAUGUGCGCAACGAAAUAAUUUUUACGAAAUGUUAGGACUUUUUCUAUCAAAUAUAGAUUUAAUGUAUUGAGAAAAAAAAACAGAUUAGACAGAAAAAAAUCUUACAAUAUUUCGUUAUGUAUGUUUUGGAAAUACGACAGUCGACACGAUAUGGACCCCACUCCAAUUACCUUCAGUUGCCGAGGGAGGGGGGGGGGGCUUGCUGUGACCAUAUACCACACAUUUAUUAACAUUAGAUGUACUUGGUCGCAUUAUACCCGCUAGUGACGACCGCGUGCGACCACGCGACCACGAUGUAUGUAAGGUUUAUGAAUAAAUUGUAAUAAUUAAGAA